AAGGGUGAGAGAGAUAUGAAAACAGUUGCACCAGAGAGCACUGUGGAACAGUGGAGUAUCACUUAAACAAACAAUCAAAGGACAACUAAAUAACUUAAACAACCCUGGAGGAGCCAGAGCCAGAGACUGCACAGCACGAGCAUGAUGCCACGAUGAGCUGUGCUCAGGCUGGACCAGAGGAGAACUCCUCUUAUGCCAGUGCAAAUACUAACACAAGCCUCAACAGCACCACCAGCGAUGAGUUGGAGUGCAAAAUCUGCUACCAGCGCUACAAUGAACACAGCCGCAAGCCCAAGAUUUUGGAUUGCCUGCACCGUGUGUGCGCCAGAUGCCUCAACAAGAUCCUGGACAUGGGGGACGGCUCCAGCUGCAUCAGCUGCCCUUUCUGCCGUCAUGAGACACAGGUCAGCGAGUACGAAGUGGCCGGACUGCCCGAUGACUCAAACAUCAUGUCCCGUCUGGCGCUGCGGGACAAGUCCUGGAGCUCUGACCACAGUAAGGAGGUGGUGCUGACACCCAAAAGCCUGUCCUCCAAUGACAGCCCCUCCCAUGACUCCUCCAACUGCCUGGUCAUCACCAUCAUGGAGGUGCAACGGGACCAGCAGCGCUCACCCAGCCAAAAUGCCAGUUCUGAUUACUAUGGUGACCACAGUUUGGACUCUGUCUCCGUGGCAUCCAACAGUGCCGCGGUGGACCAAGACACACUGUCCAAGUUUUGUAAUCAUGUGCCGCGGGUCUUAGUUUGGCUGUUAGGAUUUUUCUACUUUGGUUCGCUGCCGCUGGGCAUCUACUUGCUAGUGAUCCAGAGAGUGACUCUGGGGAUUGUGUGUGUGAGCCUGGUACCGUCCAGCCUCACAGUCUGUCUGGUCUAUGGCUUCUGCCAGUGUCUGUGCCAGGGCAUGUGCGAUUGCUCCAACAGGGGUUGA